GCCCCCCUGUGGGAUUGCUGUGACCAGUUCUGUGCGGCAGACAAGAUUUCACGCUAAUAGUCCUCUUGUCACUGAUUCCCAUCAUGCGUUUCAUGUUCUUUCCGUGAUACAUGUGAAUCCAACAAGAAUAGCAAAGCGUAUCCGAAUGACUAUAUAGAUAAAGAAUAAACCUAUAAACUUCUCUUCACAUUUAUGUACAACUUGUUCUCAUCAAACUUCCACUAAAUAUUUAGACAGAAAAAAAGAGUUCAAGGGCAUACCCACACAGUUCAGUGCUCUUGUCAUUUGGAACCCCUUUUCCAUGGCAGAAGCAUCCACAUUUCUCGAUACCAGGAGGCAUGCUGUGGUAACGGGAGCAAACAAAGGAAUCGGGUUAGAGAUUUGCAGGCAGUUGGCCUCAAAAGGGGUGACGGUGGUCUUAACUUCAAGCGACGAGAAGAGGGGUCUCGAGGCUGUUUGCAAACUGAAAGAAGAAGGCUCUGCCGCUCCCUCCGGUGAAGUAGUUUUUCAUCAGCUUGAUGUUACCGACUCCGCAAGCAUAGAUUCACUGGUUGAGUUUGUCAGUACCCGGUUCGGAAAGCUGGACAUUCUGGUGAACAAUGCCGGGAUAAAUGGAAUCAUUUUAGAUUUUCAAGCCUUUACAAGUGCUGUUGAGCGUGUUGGUGGUUGGCCAACUGAUGAAGAGGAGUGGAAAAUGAUGGCAACCCAAAAUUACAAAUUGGCCAUAGAAUGUCUCGAAACAAACUACUUUGGCGCGAAAAGAGUGACUGAAGCUCUCCUUCCCCUGCUUCAACAGUCGAGUUCUGCAAGGAUCGUCAAUGUCUCUUCAGACUUGGGAUUUUUGCAGAAAUUCCUGGAAGAUUUCCAGCGGGGUCAAUUAGCAGCCAAAGGCUGGCCCGAGACUAUCUCCGCAUACAAGCUGUCCAAAGCAGCUAUGAAUGCUUACACGAGGCUCCUAGCAAAAGAGUUCCCAACCUUCCUUGUGAACAGUGUUUGCCCGGGCUUUGUCAAGACCGAUAUGACCGGCAACAAUGGACUUUUAAGUGCACCUCAAGGAGCAGAGGGCCCGAUUUCUUGCUCUUCUCAAAGGCAUGCUGUGGUAACAGGAGCAAACAAAGGAAUCAGGUUAGAGAUUUGCAGGCAGUUGGCCUCAAAAGGGGUGAUGAUGGUCUUAACUUCAAGAGAAGAGAAGAAAGGUCUCGAGGCUAUUUGCAAACUGAAAGAAGGAGGCUCUGCCGCUCCCUCUGGUGAAGUAGUUUUUCAUCAGCUUGAUGUUAUCGACUCCGCAAGCAUAGAUUCAUUGGUUGAGUUUGUCAGUACCCGGUUUGGAAAGCUGGACAUUCCUGUACAUAAGGGGCCAACUGAUGAAGAGGAGUUGAAAAUGAUUGCAACCCAAAAUUACAAAUUGGCCAUAGAAUUCCUGGAAACAAACUACUAUUGUGCAAAAAGAGUGACCGAAGCUCUCAUUCCCCUGCUUCAACAGUCGGAUUCUGCGAGGAUCGUCAAUAUCUCUUCAUUUUUAGGACUCUUGCAGCAAAUUCCUGCGAAAUCAAUCACAGAUGACCUGGGAGACAUCAAGAGCCUGACAAAAGAUCGAAUAGACGAUAUCCUGAAGGAUUUCCUGGAAGAUUUCCGACAGGGAAAAUUAAAAGCCAAAGGCUGGCCCGCGAAUGUCUCUGCAUACAAGAUGUCAAAAGCAGCCCUGAAUGCUUACACAAGGCUCCUAGCAAAGGAGUUCCCGUCGUUCCUUGUGAACACCAUUUGCCCGGGCUUUGUCAGGACUGAUAUGACCGGCAACAAUGGAGUUCUUACAGCUCAUGAAGGAGCGGAGAGCCCCGUGCACCUGGCUCUUCUGCUGAAAACAGGGCCCUCGGGCCUCUUCUUCUCCAGGAAAGAAGUCCCUAAUUUCUGAGAAACAAAGCUUGAU